UAAGGAGCCCCCAGGACAACUAAGGAGGCUGUACAAGUGUACGCGUUCACCAAAAUAAAUUCACAUUUUUGGACGAAGUGGCCACCACAAUUGACUUCCAAAAGGUUCAAGAAUUUUGGUUUACAUUGGGACCAAGUUAAGUAACCGAACUGGGGCGAGACUUCCCGAACGAUGGUCUAAAUUUAAACCCAAAACAUAAGGAGCAAUAUGACGGCGUUCGUGUUUCGUUAAUGUUUUCACCAAAUGUCGUAGAGAGUGUUUCAUCUAAAUUAAAAGAAUAGUGAUUAGUUUGAUAAUUAGUGAUUUGUUUUGAAAAUACCAGUGGAAUAUUGUGGAUAAUCAAAAUAUAAAGGUAGAGAGAGGAACAUGAUUCGUGUGGAUGAGUCCGAUCCAGUUGGAGAAGUAGAACCUGUAUUUCCAUACAGAGAUGUGACCAUCAGGAGAGGAGAAAAAAUCAGUGAUUACUAUGAUCUCGGUUCAGAAAUAGGAAGAGGAAAAUUUGGCACCGUUUACAAUUGUAAAGAGAAGAAGUCCGGGCUGGAGUUGGCAGCCAAAACAAUCCCCGUGCAGCGCAAGGAAGACCGAAGGAAUGUCGAACGGGAGGUGAAGAUCAUGACGCUCCUGCACCAUCCUAGGCUGAUUCAACUCUACGACGCAUUCGAUGACGGAGGAUCGAUGUGCGUCAUUCUUGAACUAAUCCAAGGAGGUGAACUGUUUGAACGAGUCAUUGAUGAGGAUUUUCUUUUAACAGAAAAAUCUUGUACAGUUUUUGUUCGACAGAUUUGUGAAGGCAUUCAGUAUGUCCAUAGUCAAAACGUUCUUCAUUUAGAUCUAAAGCCAGAAAACAUUCUUUGUCUUACGAAAACCGGCAACAGAAUUAAGAUAAUUGACUUCGGAUUGGCGCGUUUAUAUGAUCCAAGUAAAAAAUUGCAAGUUUUAUUUGGAACCCCUGAAUUUGUGGCACCAGAGGUUGUAAACUUUGACCGAAUUACAUUUGCUACGGAUAUGUGGUCGGUUGGAGUGAUAUGCUAUGUCUUAUUAUCUGGUUUGUCGCCAUUUAUGGGUGAAACAGAUAUAGAAACAAUGGCCAAUGUUACAAUUGCAAAUUAUGACUUUGAAGAUGAAGCCUUUAAUGAGAUAUCUCCAGAUGCCAGAGAUUUUAUCGCAAAGUUACUCGUGAAAGAUCAAGAGGCAAGGUUGACAGCAGCCGACUGUUUGGCGCAUCCUUGGCUUGAACGAAAAACACCACCACAAACUGAUAACGAAAUCAAAAUUAAUGGAACUAAUACAGAAUCUAAAAGUAAGCCUGAAGUACCAAAGAAGCCUGUACUAAUACCAAAAAUAUCAACAACAGAAGACAACCUAGAUUUGACUAAGGAAAAUUUAAAGUCAUUUGUUGAACGGUGGAGGGAUCAUCCUAAUUCUCCAUAUUUGUUCGAAUCUAAAGAUUCAGGAAUUCAACUUUCAGUCUCUCAACAUUCCUUACGUGGUUACUCUCCUUCACCUUGCGGAUCGUUGAAUUCUUCUCCAGAAAUUUACGAGGAAGAUGACCAUGAACUCGAGGACAACACGCUUGGAUUCAAAUCAUUUGAAAGAAGAGCUUCAGAUAGUACAUGUGUUGUGAGAAAGAGUGAUUCCUCUAGAAAUGUGAAUUUAGUGGAUGAAAUUCGUAAACUAUCCGAUCGUUUAUUUGUUAUGAGUAAAAUGAGCCAAGAAUUAGAUUAUGAAAAACGUAGCACACCUAGGCCAAAGCAAAAAUUCACAAGUUUGAGCAGGGAUGUCCCUAGGAGUGUACCUGGAAGUUUCAAUGAAGAAAGUUUUGAAACGAAAGAUUGUUUAUUGCGAUUGUUAGGGGAAUGGGAAUGCAAUAAUCAUGUUCCAUCAUGUGGAUCCAGACAUAAGUCUUUUUCCGUAGAAUGGUCAGAAUCUGACACAGUUUGCCACGAAUCGAUUUCUUCAAUAAGCACGUUUUAUCAAAGUAAAACUGUAGAAAAUCAAACUAUAGAAACUAAAGUGAGUAGUAGAAGUAUACGGAAAUGAUUCUGUAAGCUAAAUAGAAUAAUUUUUUUCAUGUAAUAUGAUAUCUCUGAAUUAACCUGUGCAACUGUCUACCAAUAACGUGAAUUUGCGAUGUUGUGAUAUUCGAGUGC